AUGUCGGACGGAAGUGUGGAACGUGCUGGAAGCAGACGUAACGAAGAAGAAUUAGCGAGCAAGCAGCUCAACAUUCAGUACAAGAGAUACUAUGUGGACGUCAAACAAAACAACCGUGGACGUUUCAUCAAAAUUGCUGAGGUUAGCUUAAUUUACUUCCAAGUUUGUUACUUGUCUUGAAC